AUGUACUCAAAAUAUAUCGAUGUACAUGCACAUGUUUAUCCAGCCUCUUUUCCAAACACUCCAAUUGAUCAAAUAUUAAUUCGAGCAAGAGUCGCAAAUGUUUCUUCAAUUGUUUGUGUAUCAGAAACCAUUGAAGAUGCUCGCAGUAUUCUCAAGUUGAAACAUGAUGAUGAUUCAAAACUAUCUGCUUCGUAUAGACAAAUGAUUGAACCUUGUGCUGGUUUACAUCCAGUUGAUCCAUUUGGAGCGAAAAGUGUUGUAAAAUUGGAACAAGUUGAACCAAUUAUUAAUUUCAUUAAAGAAAAAUCAUUUGAACUAGUAGGAAUUGGUGAAGUUGGAUUGGAUUUUACACCGCAUGUAUUAAAAAAUGCGAUCAAAUCAUAUCCUGAAUUGAGACUUGACGAGGAAAGUUUGAAAAAGAUUCAACGAGAUGUCUUGGCACGACAAAUUGCUUUAUCAUUAGAAACUAGUCUACCGCUAAAUGUUCAUUCACGUUCGGCCGGUCAUUAUGUUAUUGAUUGUUUGAAAGAUUAUGGAGCAAGAAACGUUGUUUUGCAUGCAUUUGAUGGUCAAGUAAAAUAUGCAAAAGCAGGUGUUGAUAUGGGAUUUUAUUUCUCAAUUCCACCUUCAAUAAUUCGAUCAACAAAUAAAAAAAGAUUAGUGGAAGCCUUACCAUUAUCGAAUCUUUUACUCGAAACAGAUUCACCUGCUCUUGGACCUGUAAGAGGCGUUGAUAAUGAACCAAACAGUAUUGUUGUUAGUGCCAAAGAAAUUGCUAAAAUUAAGAAUUUAUCGGUUGAAGAAGUGUAUGUAGAGAAACAUAUUUUACAAAAUGGAAUUCCAUGGCUAUGUGAAAAUGUGGUGAAGGUGUAUUCUGCAGCAUAUGGAAAUCAAUGUAUUACAGAAUUACAAGAACUUUGUGUUAAGCUUAUUUGUGAAAAACCAAAUAUAUUAUUUAAAUCUAAAGAUUUUCCUUGCACCAAUAAAUUGGCAUUGAUUAAUAUUGUUAAAAAAGAUUAUUUAAACACUAAUGAACUUCAAGUAUGGAAAAAAAAUCUUGCACCAUCACAAAAUCUCGAUGAAUCUGCAUCAAGAAAAGGUAUAUCAAAAUCAGAAAAUUUAGAAAAAUUUAAAAUAAUGAAAGAAAGGUUAGAAGACGUUUUGCCACACAUUAGAUAUUUUGAAGUGACACCUAAUGACUAUUAUAAUUUCAUUAGACCAUAUCAAAAGAUAUUACCAGAAGAACUUAGAAAUCGUUUACACAAUCAUUAUAUAGUCAACAUACAUCAUUUACCAUCUGGCACAUUAAAGAAAAGAGUUCCAGUCAGAAGCUCUAACAUCUUUACUAACGGACAUUUUGCAAUUAUAAAGAAUUGGAUUAGAAGAAUAGAAGGUGGUGGUGGGGAAGUGGGAAGCAUUAGAGGGGAAGUGGGUACAGGAGGAAUGGGGACAGGAAGAGAAAAAAAAAUAGAUUACAAAUUUAGUCGCAUAAAAUCAGGAACAAAUAAUUUUGAUAAAAAAUAUAUAACUCGAAGUAGCAUUGAUAAAAAUUUAAAAGGUUCUAAAUUAUUUAUAAUCAAAGUCAGAAAUAUUACUAAUGAUAUUAUUGGGGGAUAUUUCUCAUUUUCCGAAAACAACAAUGGUGCCAGCAAUAAUAGUGACAAGACUAGUAGUAAUAACACUGGUAAUAGAUACAGAACUUCCAUCUCUGCCAUUAGCGCUGCUACUAGUAAUCUUAUUGCUAAUAAGCUUGUUAAGGAUAAUAAUGAACCAUUUUAUUUGAGCACAAGUAAAUGUUUUAUAUUUUCAUUUAAGAAUAAUGGAUAUGAUGGGAUUUAUAGUGAAGUGAUUGAUAAAGAUCGAGCAAUUAAGAUUAAUGGGGAACAACCUAAUUCUUCUCUAAUUGGAUUUAGUUUUGGUAAUGAUUUAAAUCUUACACAAGAAACUUAUAAAUGUGAAGAUUACUCUAAAGAAAUUGUAAAUUAUAAGACAUUUCUAACUAGAGAAUAUGAAAUUUUCGAGCCUAGUGAUAGAAUCACUCCGACUUAUGAAAUUAAUGGUGAUCCAAUGAAAUGA